GAAAAGUCAGCGUUGCUGAUAUUUAAGGGUGUUUCUUCGUCUUUACCCUGGACUCAUCAGGAUGAAAACGCUGCAGAGAAAUUAAAGAGGAGAUGAAGGUGGAGGGCUCUCAGGAUGACUCCGGUUCUGGUUCUGGUUCCAGCUCCGACCCCGGCUCAGCUGAGCGCUGUAUGUCCCGCCUCUUGAGCGCCGUGGAGAGCGAGCUGCAGGCGGGCCGGGAGAAAGGUGACCCGACGGAGAGAGAGCUGAGGGUGACGCUGGAGGACGCCGAGCUAUGGAGGAAGUUUGAGCACAUCACCAACGAGAUGAUCGUCACCAAGAACGGCCGUCGGAUGUUCCCGGUCCUGAAGGUCAGCGUCUCCGGUCUCGAUCCCAGCUCCAUGUACUCCUUCCUCCUGGACUUCGUCCCCGCCGACGGUUGCCGUUGGAAGUUUGUGAACGGCGAGUGGGUGGCGGCCGGGCGUGCUGAGGGUCGAGGUGAAGGACGGGGCCACGGCGGCAUCUACAUCCACCCAGACUCACCGAACUUUGGAGCUCAUUGGAUGAAGGCAGCCGUGACCUUCAACAAGGUCAAACUCACCAACAAGGUCAAUGGAGGAGGACAGAUCAUGUUGAACUCUCUUCAUAAGUAUGAGCCUCAGCUCCACAUCGUCUGUGUCGGCUCUCGCCAUCGACUCGUCUCUAACAUCUCCUUCAAAGAGACUCAGUUCAUCGCCGUCACAGCCUAUCAGAACGAGGAGAUCACCGCUCUGAAGAUCAAAUAUAACCCGUUUGCCAAAGCGUUCCUGGAUGCUAAAGAGAGGAACCCAGGUGGACGGGGCUUAUCAGAGUCACUGGAGAGUCGCGCUGGGAUUCAGCCCUGCUGGUCCCUGUGUUCAGCUGGAGGGGGCGGAGCUUUUCCCUAUGGCAGCAGCCUCCCACUGACGUCACAUCAUCACCACGGUUACAAGCAUCAUGGUUACCCCGGGCGACACACACCUUACCCAACUGCCUACCUGCCACACCGCUCACACUCCUCAGUAUGUUUGUCUGACGGCGUCCAGGUGCUCUCAGAUGGAUGGAGCAGCUCCUCCCCUCGCCCUUCCUCCUCCUCCUCCUCGUCUCUUCCUUUGACCAGCAGCGCCCCUUCGUCACAGGCUCCUCCUCCUCCUCACAGCUCCAGUCAGUUUCCCUGCCUGUGGACGGUUGGUUGUGGUGAGCUAAGUCCCUCCCACUCACCUUGUAGUGCUCUCCAUGGACCAAUCAACAGUGAGAGCCUCAUGCAGCCUCCCAGUCAUGGCAGAAUGGGCGGACCUGGAUGGACAACUGGACCCACCCACUCUUUCUAAGGAGGGAAUGGCUGCUAAAUUAUUUUAAAUAAUCACAUUUGAACAUUUCUGGUGUUGACCUGUGAACAUCCAUGGUGUGCUGACGUUG